CAGGGGAAGGGAGUGCCUGCUCGCACUCGCCACAGGAGGCUGGUGGAGAGAGAAGCUUCUCUGAAGUGCUGGGCAGCAUGGAGAGAAUGCAGCAGAUCGUGGGGCGGGCCAGGGCCGCCUUCAACUCUGGCCGGAGCCGCCCGCUGGGGUUCAGGAUUCAGCAGCUGAAGGCCCUGGAGAGGAUGGUGCAGGAGAAGGAGAAGGAGAUCCUGGCAGCCCUCAAGGCAGAUCUGAAAAAGAGUGGGCCCGACGCCUACAGCCACGAGCUCCUGGGCGUGCUGAGGGAGCUGGUGAGAGCCAUGGAGGAGCUGCCAUCCUGGGCAGCCGCUCAGCCCGUGAAAAAGGACAUGCUGACCAUAAGGGAUGAAGCCUACAUCCACUACGAACCCCUGGGUGUGGUGCUGGUCAUCGGGACCUGGAACUACCCCUUUCUGCUGGUGCUGCAGCCCCUGAUCGGGGCCAUCGCAGCAGGCAACGCCGUGGUGGUGAAGCCGUCAGAGGUGAGCGAGAACACGGCUCGGCUGGUGGCUGAGCUGCUCCCACAGUACCUGGACAAGGAUCUCUACGCUGUGAUCACUGGAGGAGUUCCUGAGACAACCGAGCUGCUGACCCAAAGAUUUGAUCACAUCCUCUACACUGGCAGCCCUGCAGUGGGCAAAAUUGUGAUGGCAGCAGCUGCCAAGCACCUGACCCCUGUCACUCUGGAGAUGGGGGGGAAGAGCCCCUGCUACAUCGACAGGGACUGUGACCUGGCUGUUGCCUGCAGGCGGAUAACGUGGGGCAAGUACAUGAACUGUGGGCAAACCUGCAUUGCCCCAGACUACAUCCUGUGCCACCCAUCCAUCCAGGGCAAGGUGGUGGAGAACAUCAAGGCCACUCUGAAGGAAUUCUAUGGGGAUGACGUGAAGUCCUCUCCAGACUACGGAAGGAUCAUCAACCAGCGACACUUCAAGAGGAUUCUGGGCUUGCUGGAAGGACAGAAGAUUGCUCUUGGGGGAGAGACUGAUGAGGCCUCCUGCUUCAUAGCACCAACCAUCCUCACGGAUGUUUCCCCGGAGGCCAAGGUGAUGGAGGAGGAAAUCUUUGGGCCGGUGCUGCCCAUUGUGACUGUGAUGAGCGUGGAGGAAGCCAUCGAGUUCAUCAACUUUCGGGAGAAGCCCCUUGCCCUGUAUGUCUUCUCCAACAACAAGAAGCUGAUCAAACGGGUGAUAGCAGAGACCUCCAGUGGCGGCAUGACAGCCAACGAUGUCAUCAUGCACUGCGUGGUCCCGGGCCUGCCCUUCGGUGGUGUGGGCCACAGCGGGAUGGGCGCCUACCUGGGCCGCUACAGCUUCGAGACCUUCUCUCACCGCCGCUCCUGCCUCAUCAAGGACCUGGGCUGGGAGGCUCUCAACAAGCUGAGGUAUCCCCCUGGCAGCAUGGAGAUGAUGCACCUGGCCAAGCUCUUCCUCCUGAGGCAGUGUAACCAGAGCAGGGUGGGACAGUUCAUCUCGGCCCUGCUGGGGGCUGUGAAAGCCGUGCUGGCAAAGAUGCUGUGCCCCCAGCGAGAGGCGUGAUGGGCAGCCGGCCCUUGGACCGCUGCUCGCUCCCUGCAGCCCUACUGCUGAACUUCUCUUUGCUGCAAUUUCAUUUCUUCCAAGGCAGCCAAGGCAUUGAAGAGGUAGAAGACCAAAAAAAUGCACCUAAAGCAGAAACCCCCCAAAUUAAAGUCUCCAGCUCCUGCUGAAACAGGAAUCUAUCCCAGCCUAGGCCGUGGGUCAUGCCUGAGCAGUGAGAGGCAGACGGAAGGAAACAGCAUCCACCCUGCUUUGUAAACAGUAGCUCCUCUAAAAACUCCUGGGAACGUGGGAGUGUUUGUCACAAGGGUAUCUAAACAAAGCCACUCAUUACUGAGCCUGUUAUCUGUGUAACACCUCACCUGAUCCCCAGAGGAAGCUGCUCAUCACAGAGAUAAGCCUCGGAAAUGAGGGUGUCACUGCAGGGGACGGUCCAGGCUGGUUGUCCCCAGAGCAGAGGGAAGGAAUCUCAAAGAAUCUGCAGCAUCUCAUCCUUGAAGGGCCUCAGGACUGAGUGGGGGAUGCUCCUUGCAGGGAAACCACCUUUAGCCAUCCAAGGUGUGCAGAGGCCACCCGAGGUGAUGGCAAAAGACACCUGAGCUGUGUCCAUGCUGUCCCAAGGACCUUAGAGGUGCCAGGGACUGUUGUGCUGUUGCAUUUGGGGCUACUGGGACAAAGACAGGGAUCUGGGACAUCCUUUGCCGGAGCAGCAGAGCAGCCACAGCUACCUCCUCUGUAAUUGAAUUUCAGGGGUUUAUUAAUUUAUGGAUAGCCUUUUACCUCCAAACUUGUAACUGAGAGCUGACCUUGACCCUUGCUUGAAUAAAACCUU